AUUGAGGUUAGUACCAUGUAUAAGGUUAGAUCAAAUGAACGGCCAAGAUUAAAUUAUGACACUCGGUUCACUUGAACCUUGGUGUAUAGAAGAACUUUCGUUUGAAGACUCAAUAAUUGAGCUUAUAUGUUUGCAAUGUGCAUGAAUGCGUAUCAAUUAGUCUGUUAUUUUGGGUUAGAUUAAUUUUGGCGAAAGAUGUGUCUUCUGGCUAUGGAUACGUAACGUGAUCAUCUAUCUUUAUUUAAAAAAAAAUUAUUAAGAAUAAAAUAUAAAAAAAUUAUGGAGUGUGUAUGGUAAAGUGAGGAUAAUAGUUCGAUUUCACUGGAAAAAAAGAAUAAACUCGGGGUUGUGAGUUGUGACCUUAUUGGACCCAUAUGAGGACCCAUACUAGCGCAAGAAGAAGCCUCAUACAUACUUGAAACUCAUUUCUACCCGAUUUGAAAUCUUAUGCGUCAUGGCUCUCUCAAAGCGCGCGCUCAAAUCCGCCGCCGAUUCCGCCUUUCUCCUACGGCGAGGCCUCUACUCUUCGUCGUCGGUCUCCACUAACGGCGUCGUCGCCCGCGCCUCCGAGCUCGUCAAGUCCGGCGGAAAACGAGCCUUUCCGGUCGACACUUUGGCUCUGGUGAGGGGCUUGGAAGCCAAAGGCGUUCCGACGGCGCAUGCCGAGGCAAUCACGUCUGCCGUUACCGGAAUUUACACUGAUAGCUUGGAGAAUGUGCACCAAUUGCAGAAGGUAAUGCCACGCCCACCACCUGUUCGACGAUUUGCUUCACUCAAAAUUUUCGACUGUGAAAUUGCGAUUUGUGAUGAGUUUUUCUUUUUCGAAUUGCAGACUGUGAUACUGCAAGAAGCGAAGCUGUCCAAGUUCGAAGUCGAAAUCAAGAGUUUACAGGAACAUCAUUUUUCCAUGUUGACACGUGAAACAGAAAAGCUUCAGAGUGUCAUAGACAAGUUGCGGAGUGAACUGAGGUAUGAGUUGGACAAGGUUGCAGCUGGGUCACGCUUGGAUUUAAAUCUUGAAAAAGGGCGCAUGCGUGAUGAGUUUAACAAUCAGAAUGCAGAAACAGCCAAUCUAACAAACAAACUUGAUCGAGAAAUUCAAGCAGUAAAAGCCUUGGUUGAAACGGGAAAAUAUGAAGUGAUUAAAUACUGCAUUGGGACCCUUGUCUCCAUGACAGCAGUUGGCAUUGCUGUCCUCCGUAUUAUGAUGAAUUGAGCUACUAUGGUUAUCAAAGGUUACAUAGCAUUUCUAUGGUCAUUCUUUUGAAAACAGUACGAUGCUAGAACAAGUAAAUUGUUAUAGGUUAUAGACUGAUAGCUAUUAUGGUCGUCAAAGUAUUUAAAUGUUCUUGUAUGUGCAUUUGAUGCUAAAGCAAUUAGCAAUUUGAAAUGAAAAUUUAAGAUAGUCACAGUUCCCAG